CUUAAGAAAGUGAUUAAAGAAGAAUUGUCAGAUACAUUUCAGAAUAUUGAUGCCAUUGACACUAAGUUAUGGUAUGUGCAAGUUGUCCAAGGUGAUUCAAGGCUUGAGCAAAUUAGAAAUUUUAGUGUGUCUGAUGUUGUGAGUGUUCUGGGAGGAAUGGAAGUGCAAUAUAUAAAGUAUAAGGUUAGGGAAUAUUUUAACAAUGUAGACAACAACAAUAUCCACAUUAUUGUUCAAGGUAAAGAAAAUUGGUGUGCU